UGCCGACACUUCCUAAAAAAUUGAAAAGUCUUGUUGGAAUCGCUAUAAAGAUCGAAGAUAAAAAUCCACAAAAUUUAAUCACCCCUGCAAAUCUUACUAUUUGAAAAUCAUCUCGACGAAUAUGGUAAAAGUGUUCUAAUCAGCUGGCUGGCUGGGGAAAUGCAACUGAUUCGAGAAAAAGAAUUAUCUCACGAUGCUUUCUGGCGCGAUAUGAGAAAAAUUUUCGACAAAUGUUCCAAAAAGUUUACGAGCGGUCAACCUUUGCUACACUGGGACCUUAUUCUCCACGAUGAUAAUUUUGACGAAAUUAUUAUGGAAGAGGAAAUGAAGGAUUUGCCAAAAGGACCGGAAACAUCGCAAGGAAACAUAAUCCGAAGUCGAGCCGACUCCAAAUUACGUGAAAAGAGGACUUGGAAUCAAAAUCGUUCAAGGCAAAGCAUGAAAUCUUUAAUCAAGUCGAAAACUGAUAAACUCGUGAACGAAAAUUCCGACGAAAAUAGUAACCAGAAACCGGAAAUUUUCGAUGUCGUUAAAGAAGCAACCUACAACAUGUACGGCGACCGUUUUCAUUAUACUUUGAUCGUCAUGACUUUCGUCGAGCCCAUCCCAUUGAUCGAUUACAAAUUACCUAACGAAUUUCAAGUUCCUCGUCCUAUCAAAAUGUUCGACCCUGAAACAAGUGAAAAGGAAGAAAUUGCACCUGCUCCUGCUCCACGAAAGAGCAAAGAUAUCAAGAAGAAUAAGAAAGAUGAAAAGAAAAAUAGCCACAGUCGAGAUACAAAGAAUGCUGACAUUAGAAGAUCCAGUGAUACUCACAGAUGAAGAAAUCUUAAUGGAAAAACGACGUUUCAUUCUACCUUGAAUGGAAGUAAACGGAGUUG